AUGAAGAACGAGUUUGGCUUAAAGAAAUUUGCUGACAGACUUCAUCAAUUGAAAGUUUGUUUUAAUGAUCAAUCAACUGUCUACAAUAAAGAAUCAAGAAUCGUGAAAAUUAUUGCUGAAGAGCAAAACUUAAGGCCGGAAGCGAUUGUCAAAAAAAUUAACUAUUUGGAAAACAUCUACCUUCAAGAAAAGGGCAAAGUCCUAAGAGACAGUAAUUACAAACCAAUCACCGCUUGGUUUACAUCAGCAGAUAAAUUGUUCAUUAAAAUUAAGGAAGAAGCUGAAGUAAUCAAUGUUGAAGAAGAGGAUGAAGUAAUCUAUGUUGAAGAAGAGGAUGAUCCUGCUGAAAUGCCUACGCAGCCAAAUACCAGCUUUGUAGGCCUACCAGAUCACAAGCUCAAGGUGUUCUGUGGUGAUGUUCAAGAAGAUGAACAACCAGAAGUGGAUGGUGAGCUCGAUGCAUUUGGGUCAAACAUGAUCCACUUGAUGGCUAAAUUACCAGUUGAGGAGCGUGAAGCGAUACAAUACCAGUUCAUACAGAAAACCACAGAAUGUGUCAACAAGUACCGCAGAAAAGCGGGAAGAUACAACAAUGAACAAUAAGAUACUGAUUGUCAGUUUUACUUAGUUAAUUGAUUUGCAAUAGCUUUGGUAGCUUUCAUAGAAGUGUUAUAACAUUUUAAAUG